AUGGCAAUUCUGUGUUCUUUUUGCCAGGUGGGCCUCUUUGUGGAUUUCUUUGUGCGGCUCUUUACCCAGCUCAAGUUUCAGGUGGUACAAAGCUCGGUGGAGGAAUGCACUGUGAAAGGCUGCCUUGCACUGUCCUUGCUGGAGCUGCUGGGGUUCAACCUCACCUUUGUUUUUCUUGCCAGUCUUCUGGUCCUGAUCCAACCUGUAGCAGCUGGAUCGGGAAUUCCUGAAAUAAAGUGCUACCUCAAUGGGGUGAAGGUUCCAGGGGUUGUGCGACUGCGGACAGUGAUGUGCAAAGCUGUGGGAGUGCUCUUCAGUGUGGCAGGAGGUCUUUUUGUCGGGAAGGAGGGUCCGAUGAUUCACAGUGGUGCUGUCGUGGGUGCAGGCUUGCCACAGUUCCAGAGCAUCUCUUUGAGGAAGAUCCAAUUUAACUUUCCCUAUUUCCGCAGUGACAGGGAUAAAAGGGAUUUUGUAUCUGCUGGAGCAGCUGCAGGGGUUGCAGCUGCCUUUGGAGCCCCAAUUGGAGGCACUCUUUUUAGUUUGGAGGAAGGUUCUUCUUUCUGGAACCAGGGACUUACAUGGAAAGUGCUUUUCUGUUCCAUGGCUGCCACCUUCACUCUGAAUUUUUUCCGCUCUGGGAUUCAGUUUGGAAGCUGGGGGUCUUUCCAGCUCCCUGGGCUGCUGAACUUUGGGGAGUUUAAGUGCUCUGAGUCUGAUAAGAAAUGCCACCUCUGGACAGCUGUGGACUUGGGCUUCUUCAUUCUGAUGGGGAUUGUGGGAGGCCUUCUUGGAGCCACCUUUAACUGCCUGAACAAGAGACUUGCCAAGUACCGCAUGCGCAACGUGCAUCCCAAGCCAAAGCUGGUCAGAGUCUUGGAGAGCCUGCUUGUGUCAUUGACCACCACUGUCGUGGUCUUUGUAGCCUCCAUGGUUCUGGGGGAAUGCCGGCAGAUGUCUUCCAGCAGGCACAGUGGCAAUGGCACACUGAGCCUGGAGGAUGUAACAGAGGAUAUAAAUUCAAGCAUCAAAACAUUUUUCUGCCCAAAUGAAACAUACAAUGACAUGGCCACACUCUUCUUCAACCCUCAGGAGUCAGCUAUCCUGCAGCUCUUCCACCAGGAUGGUACUUUCAGCCCAGUCACCCUGUCCCUGUUCUUCCUUCUCUAUUUCUUACUCUCCUGCUGGACAUAUGGGAUCUCUGUGCCCAGUGGUCUGUUUGUGCCAUCACUGCUUUGUGGGGCUGCCUUCGGACGCCUGGUCGCCAACCUCCUCAAAAGUUACAUUGGCCUGGAUCACAUCUACUCAGGAACCUUUGCGCUGAUCGGGGCAGCGGCAUUCCUGGGAGGCGUGGUCCGCAUGACCAUCAGCCUGACCGUCAUCCUCAUCGAGUCCACCAACGAGAUCACCUAUGGCCUCCCCAUAAUGAUCACUCUCAUGGUAGCCAAAUGGACAGGAGACUUUUUCAACAAGGGCAUCUAUGACAUCCAUGUGAACUUGCGAGGCGUGCCUCUUCUGGAGUGGGAAACAGGGGUGGAAAUGGAUAAGCUACGAGCCAGUGACAUCAUGGAACCCAACCUGACAUACGUGUACCCACACACCCGGAUUCAGUCCCUUGUCAGCAUCCUGCGCACCACUGUCCAUCAUGCCUUCCCUGUGGUGACGGAGAACCGGGGCAAUGAGAGGGAGUUCAUGAAGGGAAAUCAACUGAUAAGUAACAACAUCAAAUUCAAGAAAUCCAGCAUCCUCACCCGAGCUGGAGAGCAGCGCAAGCGUAGCCAGUCCAUGAAAUCCUAUCCUUCGAGUGAGCUGCGCAACAUGUGUGAUGAGCACAUAGCAACAGAGGAGCCUUCYGAAAAGGAGGAUCUGCUGCAACAGAUGCUGGAGAGAAGAUACACUCCCUACCCCAACCUGUACCCUGACCAGUCUCCCAGUGAGGAGUGGACCAUGGAGGAACGCUUCAGACCCUUGACCUUCCAUGGCUUGAUCUUGCGCUCACAGCUGGUCACCCUUCUCGACAGGGGAGUUUGCUACUCUGAGAGCCAGUCGAGUGCAAGUCAGCCCCGUCUGUCCCAUGCAGAGAUGUCAGAGGAUUACCCCCGCUAUCCAGAUAUCCAUGAUCUGGACCUCACAUUGCUGAACCCUCGGAUGAUAGUGGAUGUUACCCCAUACAUGAACCCAUCACCCUUUACUGUCUCUCCMAAUACCCAUGUGUCACAAGUCUUCAACCUGUUCAGGACAAUGGGACUCAGGCAUUUACCAGUUGUGAAUGCAGUUGGAGAGGUUGUUGGGAUAAUCACUCGGCACAACCUGACCCAUGAAUUUCUUCAGGCAAGACUGAGACAACACUAUCAGACCAUUUGAUGCCCCUGUCCCAGUGUCAGUGUGGCUUCCUCCAUCCUCCAAGCCUGUACACGCACUCGAAUUCUGCUUGGACCCCACAAGGCUCAAGACUUGCCAUUUGGCUUCUCACRUGCAUAUCAAGCCUGGGGAACUGGAAAACAUCUUGCUAGCCAGAGAAUUAGAGGAGCUGCCUGAGCCCAGGGCUGUUGAUUGGCCUCAGGCACUUGGUUUGACCACUCUUGAUCCAGGUGUUUUCUUCCCCUGUCCCCCAGUUAUCUCCUUCCAUCAGAUGUUGUCCUGACCACAUGUUCUGCCAUUUUGUUUUGGGAUUUUCUUAAGAGYUGGAAAAAAAGAACCAUCUCACUCCACUAUGUCCUGUGCAAAGAACUGUGGCAUCUUUCCUUUCCUCCUGUCUGAUUCUCUUUUACUCUUCCUCUCUUGUUCCUGCAACUGUUGCCUUAUUUGUGUGAGAAGGGGGUCAUUAUCAAGGCUGAGAGGAGAUUCUGAAGUUUGCAGAUAUAUAGCUGCUCUGGAAGAUGGUUUUUCACAAAAGCAGUAUUAAAAAAUCCAGCAUUUUGGAAAURUACCUCUCUUUGCAAGUGCUCCCCUUUGCCCAUGUUUUUUUCACUCUGGCUUCAUUUGUUCUUAAUUUCUCUCUUUCUUUCAUGAGGAAAUGUUCCUGCUGUAAUAUUUUUGACAGCAGAUGACUGUUGAGAGCAACUCAGCAGAUUUGGAGUUCAAAAUGGUUGAAUUUCAGUUACUGUUUGGGUUUAUAAAUAUCAUCUCAGAGAAGGGCARUCUUUCCUGUUAGCUGUUGCUAUUAUCUCCCUGUAAGAGACCCUUCUAAGGCACUUGGUGGUACUUCACUUUGUCACUGACAUUCCUGCAUUUCUUGCCAUUUGUAGGCACUUUGUCCCUUCACUGGUCACAGGGAGAGCC